AUGGAGACCAUGGAGCGCCUGCUGCAUGUGUGGCUUGAAGACCAGAGCCAGCGAAAUGUGCCCCUGAGUGUCACAAUUAUUCAGGAGAAGGCUAAGAGUUUGUUUGAUGACUUACAGCGGGAAAGAGGUGCGAGCUCUCAAACAGAAAAGUUUGCUGCAAGUAAAGGGUGGUUCGUGAGAUUCAAGGAGCGCCACUGUUUGCCCCACUUCAAGAUAAACAGCACGGCUCCUGGAAAGAAGGACAUAUAUCCAGAAGCGCUAAGAAGCAUCAUUGAAGAAGGUGAGUAUACCCCCCAGCAGGUUUUUAACGUAGAUGAGACGGGGCUUUAUUGGAAGAGAAUGCCUGAAGGAACGUUUAUUUCUGUGGAAGAGAAAGCUGAGCCAGGCUUUAAAUCAUCCAGAGAUCGCUUGAUGCUGCUUCUUGGUGGCAAUGCAGCUGGGGACUUUAAGUUGAAGCCCCUAUUGGUGUACCACUUGGAAAACCCCAAGGCUCUGAAAGGAUACUCCAAGCCCAAUUUGCCUGUAAUUUGGCGCUCAAACAAAAAGGCCUGGGCGACCAGGAGCAUCUUUCAGGAAUGGUUCACAUACUUUUUUUGCCCAGCCGUUGAAAGAUACUGUGCCCAGAAUAAUCUCACCCACAAAGCGUUGCUCAUCCUAGACAAUGCCCCGUGCCACCCGGUAAAUUUGAGUGAUCUGUCUGACAAUGUAAGGGUGGAAUAUCUUCAUGACAGUACAGCUGACUCCAUCCAGCCCAUGGGUCAAGGCAUAGCCUCCGCCUUCAAAGCUCAUUACGUGAGAAGAACUUUUGAGCACAUCCUAGAAGCAACAGAUGGGGAGGACACAGCCAUGAUCAGGGAGUUCUGGAGAAACUACAGCAUCAUGGAUGCUGUAGACAACAUUGCACUAGCUUGGGAGGCGCUGAGACCGGCAACGAUGAACAGCGUGUGGAAGAAGAUCUGGCCUGAGUGUGUUCAGUUCCAGAGCGUUUCCCAAACAGAUAACAUUGCACAACUUCAACAAAACAUUGUGACUCUUGCCAAGAAUGUGGCUUUUGAAGAGGUUGUAGAAGCCGACGUGGACCAGUUGCUGAGGUCCCACGAGGAGGAUCUCUCAAACACGGAACUGAUGCAGCUAGAACAGGAGCCUGCAGAAGAGGAGAGUGAAGAUGCCCCACCUGCCCUGCGUCAGCUAACCACAGGAAGACUCUCAGCAGCCUUCUCACAUUUCGAGGCAGGCCUACGGGUCCUUACAAGUGACGGCCCUAAUGAUGAUUGGAAACUGAAAGUUUCGGGAGCAAUCAAUGAUGCGAUCAACUGCUACAGGGAAUUGUACAAUGAGAAAAAGCGGCGCUCAAAGCAACUGUCUUAG